GCAGAUGUCAAGCACUUUGCAUCUUCGUAGAGACCAAGCCAACGGAACCUCCCCACAAACUGAUGUAAUGGUCUGCUGUAAAUUUGGCAGAAGAGCGGCGGGCGCGAUCCUUGCCACUGGGUGAUCAUGUUAAGAUGCCAGUCUUUGAUCGUCUGUCCAUUCUGCUCUCGCAUGCCGUGGUUCCGGUACUUGUGGUCCUGCUUUCAGUCUCUGGACAUCCACAGGCCUUCCCCUGUAGACUGAUGCAAAGUACGGCUCUGUGCAACAAUUGCCAGCUCUCUGCUGUACCGAACAACUUACCACCACAAAUUGAGGAGAUAUAUUUAGAUAAGAACCUUCUCAUUAAUUUGCAGGAUGGUUGUCUCUCAAGAUAUCCUAUUCUUAGUACCUGCAGCUUUGCAAACAAUCAUCUAAGGACUGUGGAAGAGAAUGUAUUCUCUGAGUCGCCUCUUAUAGAAAACCUCAAUUUUGCUGACAACGAGCUUCAUAAUGGACACAAGCAGGUGGCGCAGUCAUUCAGAUCUUUGUCCCAACUAAAGACUCUUGAUCUUUCAGGUAACGGUCUCACCGAGGACAUGGUGUCUGUGCUGUUACAGAAUCUGACCUCUAUUGAGUCCCUUUACUUGUCUCGGAAUGUGAUGCUGAGGUUGGAUGAGACAACAUUCAGAGACCUACAUCAGCUUAAGGAGCUGACCGUAGAGAGGAACCUGUUGUUUGAGAUUGAUGGGGCAUUUUAUCAUAUGAAAAAACUCCAGAGGUUGAACUUGGCCUACAACUGCCUUCCAUGUUUGGUCAAUUUUGAGAUGACUCAACUGCUGGUCUUAAAUGCCAGCCACAAUUCCAUUGAAUGGUUCAUAACCAAUCAGAAUUUGUCUGAGACUUUUCAGCUGGAGACACUAGAUCUGUCCGAUAAUCAUUUGCUGUUCUUUCCGUUCCUUCCAACACACAACCAUAUAAGGACUUUGAUUUUGUCCAAUAAUUGGUUGAGCUUUUACCAAGACUUUGCAAAUGCCACAUCUUCAAACUGGACCACUAAUGUUGAGUUCUACAAUCUUGGACAAAAUGUGGGCAAUGUCACAAUGGAGCUUUGGAAUGAGAGCCUUCAUGGUGACAUUUCGUCUGUGGAGCUCCUGGACCUGAGUGAGAACAAGGUGAACAACUUCCCUCAGGGAUUCAUUCAACAAAUGCCACGUCUGAAUUGGCUGAGGCUGAGGAGUAACUGUUUACAGUCCUUCAGUUUGACGCCUGAAGAGCUCCCAGUCACCCUCUAUGAACUGGAUGUCAGCAAAAACAGGCUUACAGAGCUCAAAGCGAGCCAAAGCUCCAUCAGCAAGCUAAAUAACCUCACAUAUCUGAACCUGAGCACAAAUGACAUUCAAAAACUUCCACCCACGAUAUUUGCCAAUCUACCAAGUCUGAGCACAGUAGACCUUAGUUAUAACCCAGUGGAUGUUUGUUCUUCUGAAGAGUCAAACUACAGUUCCUCAACUUGUGUUUUGUGGUCAAACAUUGUUACCCUGAAAAAGCUCUAUCUUGAAGGCUGUGGUAUACAAAAUAUGCCGCCUUCGUCAUUCAAGGGCACACCAUUAACACACCUUGAACUAUCAAACAAUCUAGACCUACACAUCAAACAGGAAUCUUUGGCAGGUCUCACUAACACUUUGGAGCAUUUGGGACUUGGCAAUACAGGUCUACAAGACUUUGACUUCUCUCCGUACAGCCACUUGAGGUCUUUAAACAUCUCUAGAAACUCAAUGUCAGAGCUUCCUGAAUCUCUGGUGGCAUUAAACCUGAGACUUCUGGACUUGAGGGAUAACUUGUUGACCACCAUACCAUCCAAACAUGCCACUAUUUUAGCUCAGAGACUGCAGGUUGUGUAUCUGAAUGGGAAUGCCUUCAACUGCUGCCAUUUAGACUGGUACAGGACGUUUGUGGAGAAAAACGGCAUUAGUGUCGUUGAUCUCUCAGAAAUUACAUGUUUGGACUUUAACCUCAGGCAUCAUAAGGUGAUGCUUUUUGACGCAGUCCACUGUGGUGGCAUCAGCAAUGAGGAAGUGUGGUACAUCCUCCUCUUCGUAACAGUCAGUAUUUCCAUCAUAGGCAUCUCUGUCAUUUACCUGCUCACCUUCAGGCCAAAAAUGUUGCCUCGUGCUAUUAAGAAGAGGUGGAGACCAACUCCUUAUUAACAUACAUGUUAUUGUAAAAUUAAUCUAUGUCUGUGUAAAAGUUACUACUCUCAGAAAAUGUCAAUCAGUAUUAUAGGAAUAUGAUAUUGACACAGGAAAGAUUUAGGCCAUAUUGGUCUGUAAGUGACAUUUGAGUGUAUUGCAUAUUGUCCUCAUUUAAGUUCACGUUGUAUUUGGCUACUGUAAUGUUUUGGGGGGGUGGGGUUCUAGAAAGGUUAUAUACACUUAAUUAAAAUGAACUAAAGCUACACAAUUCUAGAAAAUGUUGUCUUAACUUAAAUUCAUUACAUUAAAUGUGAAAACAUUUGUAUUAAGUUUACUUAAUACAUUUGAGUAAGGUCUACAUGCAUGUAGCAUUGAUGAAACAGGCCAGGGGAUUUCAGUUUCCCAGCAUGCUUUGCAGGGGACUGGAACAUGUGAACAAAUAUUGAAACUUAGUGUUAUUUUAUGUAUUUUUGAGCAAGAUAAGAACAGGAUGAGUUUGGCUCAUGUUUACUGUAGGGUUUGUUUGGAUCACCAUUGUGGUGAAGACUUGCGCUUUAGUUAAGGAUGGACUUGUAUUAUUAAAUUAUGUUUGAUUUGAGUGCUGCUUAGCUUUAUAAACAUUUGCUAUCUAAGUUACAAUGUAACCGUUUCAAUGUCCUUACACAUACUCACCUGGCAUAAUGGUUAGUUACAUCAGUGUUCAAGAUGACAGAAAGAUAAAAGUUACUGAGUGCCCCUUUAAUUUCAACCAACA